AUGGCCGACGCUCCUCCCUGCGCCGCACCUUCGAGCCUCGCCAAUCGUUUCGCUCGUCUUUCAGACGCCACACUGAACUACACGAUGGCCGAGGUGGAGGCAAUGAGUCUGCAGGAGCACGGUCAGUUGACCGUCACCUUUGGAACGAAGGUACGAGGCCGUCGUUUCGAGGAAAUCCUCGAGACCGAUCCUGCUUGGGUGAAGUGGUGCCUGGAGCACCUCUCCGAAAGCACCAAGCAUGCCCACAAGGUGUUCCUUCGCUAUGUGGAACGCGUCGUGGAGCAAGCCGAGGCCAUCGAGACCGAGUUGAUUGUGCCACCGUUCGGUCACAGCCCCAAGAACGACCGAGGACCGAAAGCUGGACCCAAGAGCCGAGCUGCUCCUCGUCCGAAAGCAGCAGCCGCUGCCGAGGACGAUCGCUGGGACAUGAUCAGCGAAUCCAGCGCGGUUCUUCAGGUCGAAGUGAACACUCUGACCGAGCGCAUGAGUCACAUGGAAAGCAUGAUGCAACAGAUCGUUCAGCAUCUGAGUGCUGUGACGAGCUCCCCGAACGCCUCACCCGAGAAGAGCCUCGCCCCAGUUCUCGAACCAUCGCCGCAUCAUCCCAAGGAGAUCACACUCGCCCAGGUGUAUCUAGAUCCCGCCGGCGAGUUCCGAUCGGAACAAAUCCUAGAAUUCUUUCAACAGAUGAACACGCGGACUUGGGUGACGGCCGCAGCCUGGCAGCGAGGUCGUUUAGAAAGGCACGGAGACAUCCUGAAGGACAUGCUUGCUCGCCUGGACAUUGAGAGUCCCAUUGUCAAUGACACUGCAUUUGAUCAGGUCCUUCAACAGGCUGUUUUAGCGAAAAAUUCUUUGAUCCGGCAUGGAGGGUUCUCUCCAGAGCAGAUUGUGUUCGGGAAGUCUCUCCGUGUUCCUGGGAGUGUGUCUUCCGACGAAGAAGCCCCGGCGCACGCUUUGACCGAAGGCACCGAUCUUGAAUCCGAAAUGUUUCGUCAAAAGCUAGAGUUACGGUGUCGGGCCCGGCGCGCGUUCAUGGAUGCCGACAACUCCCAGGCCAUUCGUCGAGCCUCACUCCGGCGAAGUAAUCCAUCUCGGGGACCGUUUGUUGCGGGCAUGUGGGUUCUGUAUUGGGUUAAGAAAUCGUCACCAAAUAGGCUCGCUGCUGGUCGCUGGCAUGGGCCGGCGAAAGUAAUCUGCAGCGAAGGCAAGUCAGUGAUUUGGCUAGCUCAUGGAACCAACAUCAUAAGAGCGGCACCCGAGAACUUGAGACCUGCGUCUCUUCGCGAAUGGCAGCAUUUGUCAGACAGCCAGUUGGAAGAGCCAUUGAAGAAUGUUGGAGGGGCGAGUGCUUCCACUGCCGUAGAGCCCGUUUCCACCAGCCCUCUAGAAGAAGAACCGCUGCCCCUUCAGAUUCUGUCCUUGGCACUGCUCCUCCCGAGACCUCUCUUCAGCCCCAAGACAUCCCAGUGCCCGAUUCUGAUGAUGGGCUUGCCAGUGAUCACUUGUUUAUGGCCCAAGAGGAAUCCGGUAUCACUGAUGAGCAAGGUUGUGAAUUGA